CGUGACUGCCGCAGCAUUCUACGAUAGGCAGCAGAAUGUGACACUACACCGGCAAACCUUUCGGUGGUCAUGUGAUAGAAGGUGGACGGUCACGUGGCGGGCAAGGAGCGGUUGGUCAGCACACACACGGAUGGUGUCUCCCUCUUCCCGAGUACAAUGUCCCUGGGGAAUGUGGCCAUCAAUGACGACUACUCGUGGGACGCCGGGGAGCGGGCUCGCCUCCUGCAGAGCCCCAUCGUCCCGGAGACCCGACGCCUGGCCGGAGGGACGUCCGCCAUCGGAGCCGUCUUCAUUGUGGUGAACGCCGCCCUGGGAGCCGGUCUGCUGAAUUUCCCAGCUGCCUUCAGCGCAGCGGGAGGAGUUACGGCUGGUAUCGUGCUGCAGCUGGUGUUGCUGCUCUUCAUCAUCAGUGGUCUGGUGAUCCUGGCACACUGCGCGGACGCCUGCAGCGAGCGGACGUACCAGGAGGUGGUACGUGGGAUCUGCGGCCGGCUUACUGGUGUGCUGUGUGAGGUCCUCAUCGCCGUUUACACUUUCGGGACAUGCAUCGCCUUCUUCAUCAUUAUUGCUGACCAACUCGACAAACUUAUCGGAGCCAUAAUGCCCUCCCUGGCGGAGGGCAGUGUUCCCUGGUAUGCUGACAGGAAGUUCACAAUCACCAUCACAGGAAUUUUAUUUGUUCUGCCGCUGUCUCUGCCACGUGAGAUCAGUGUACAAAAGUAUGCAAGCUCACUCAGUGUUCUCGGGACAUGUUAUGUGACAUUUAUUGUUAUCUUCCGCUGCGCCCAGCCACAUGAGCAGAUCCCGGCAUAUAUUCCAUCCAGGGCCUCCUCCUGGAUUGCAGUCUUCAAUGCUGUCCCCACCAUCUGUUUUGGAUAUCAGUGCCAUGUCAGUAGCGUCCCCGUCUAUGGCAGUAUGCAGCAGCAGGAUAUGCGACGCUGGGGGAUUAUAGUGACCAUCGCCAUGUUUAUUGCCUUGUGUGUCUAUACAGGGACAGGGGUGUGCGGGUACCUGCUGUUUGGCUCUGGUGUGGACCAGGAUGUCCUUCUCUCCUUCCCAUCUAACGACAUUCCAGUGGCUGUGGCCCGUGCGUUCAUCAUCGUCUGCGUGAUCACCUCCUACCCGAUUCUUCACUACUGUGGCCGGGCGGUGUUGGAGGGCCUCUGGCUGAGAUUUACCGCUCAGGAAGCAGGGGAGGAGCCACGGCGAGAGCGGCGCAGACGAAUCCUGCAGACACUAAUCUGGUUUGUGCUGACGUUGCUGCUAGCGCUCUUCAUCCCGGAUAUAGGCAGAGUCAUCUCCCUGGUCGGAGGACUGGCAGCCUGCUUCAUUUUUGUAUUUCCAGGUCUGUGUCUCAUCAAUCUGAAACUUUCUGAGAUUCAGGAGCAAAAGAGCAAAACCUGGUGGGCUAUGAUCUCUUAUGGUGUUGCCAUGGUAACACUUGGAGCAUUCAUCUUUGGACAAACCACUACAAAGGCCAUCUUUGUGGACCUGAUGGGCUGAAAUCUGCAAGAAACAACUUGAAUAUCACAUUCCUUAUCGCUGCUCAUGUACUGCAGAUCAUCGAAUCCUCUGUCAUUCCCUCUCGCUGCUCGUACCCCCCUCCAAUACAUAGCCACUGCCCAUCUCCAACGCUUAAUUUCCAAUCCAAUACUGUGGGCACAUUGCAAGCUCUACAUCCAGUAAGAACUGAACAGUAAGUGGAGAGGGAGGUGUGGUCACAGGCAGUAUGUGCCGUAUAAUGAAUCCUCCCCAUACUGAAAAACAAUUCACCCAUAUCCAGGACAUGGAGAUCUAGGGCCACUGCACUGUCGUCAUCAAUCUGUAGGUCAUUGAGGGCAGCCA